AUGCAGCACUACAACAACAACUACUACUACUAUUACAACUACAACUUGAGCUAUGAGCCGCCGGUCGAUCGGUCGCUGGGCGGCGGGGGCAAGCGGAGCGUUCAACGUCUGCAGAAACUGGUGCGAAGGACGCGGUACGAGCUGCAGCAAUGGCCGCUCCUGAUGCAGCUGCUCCUGUUCGUCCUUUGGCUAAAUGCCAAGUUCUGGCAGCUGGUCAACGAACAGGUGACCUACCGCCGCAGGAGGUGGCACUGAGUGGCGAAGGACAUCGGGUGUUGCUUGGUAUGAGUUCGAUCUAGGCUUAAGUUGUGAAAAUUAUGCCCACACUCUUACAAUCUCAUCUCAAUAAAAAUAAUCAAAAUUCGCUGCGUAGUGGAAGCAGCGAACUUCAGCCAAUGCUUCUGUGUGAACUUAGCCUCCCGAAACGAAUGCAGAGAAAACAGAGAAAAACAUCCUGAACACCCAGAAAACAACGAGUACGGGCACAAGGUACUCGCUACUCGUUACUCCAUCACGAACUCGAUUCAUCAUCGUGCGCUCCUCAUCGUUGUCGAUCUUUCGUCGUUCCUCUCUCGUCGUUUUAAGCUCGUCUAUUUUACUUCUCUACAACUCUACUCGCUCGUUCAUCCCUCUUCGUUCUUUCUAGCUAUCGUUCCUAGUCGUUUUUGCAUGCCAUACAUUUUAAGAAGUUUCUGUUUUAUAUCGCUAUGUAUUUCUUUGCACACAUUAUCAUCGACAUCGCAUUCCAUCAUCCAAUCCCACCCGAACCGAAACCAAACCAAAAACAAAACACAGUAGUCGACAACGCUAAUUCAAUCAUAUCAGUCAUAAACAAGAAUAUGGGCACGCGCCUUGAUAAAUGUAACCCACCCAUCAUCAGUAGAGUCAACAAGAAGCCUUAGAAACGCCCUCGAAUCCCAUGCGAAACCAAAAGAUCUACCAACUUUUAUAAAGGGUUUCUCCUGCAAAGCUUGUCUAAAAAACUACCCCCAAAACGGUUAAUUGAUCGAAAUAGAUAAUACUUUGUUUAGAGAAAACUUUUUCACCAUUCAAAAGAAUGCGAUUAAGAUCAAGGGCUAACUCUUUAAGUAGAUUCGUAUUUUGAGUAGCGCUUUUUUAUUUGGUAGCCAGGCAAACGCUAACCAAACAGAAAUUCAAUUGUUUUACUUAAUUAAACAUAUAGUAUAUACGAAUAUAUGGAUAUUAUAAUUUUAUAUACAACAUACUUAUAGUUAUAUGCUAGGCAAACGAGCUAUUUAAAGGCAGACGCUGUAGUUACUCGAGGAUGAUAAUAUUAUAUUUAGUUUUAACAAAUAUGUUUACGAUCAACUAGCGGGACAUUAUUAUAUACGCAGACAACAUACACAAACACUUAAAACCAUAUAAGAACAACUAACUAUGGAAGAAGACCCAAAACAUUUUUAUGGAUCAUAGAUGAACCAGCUUAGUGAAAACUUUAGAGAGAUCCACAAAAGUCAGCUGAAACUUUAUAUGUUAUAUGCGAAACGCGGAAUGGACUUGACAAAACAAAACGAACAAGAGUAAACUAUAUUAUAUUAUUAACUAUUAUAUACAAUAUAAAAAGGGCGAGCCCAUGUGGCGGUUGCCAAAAAACAAGGCGCUGUUCAGCUGUUUGAAGAAAAUUCAUAAAAAUAUCUAGCAAAGACGAUUUAUGAGUUUAAGUUAAUAAAAUACUAAGUUCAGCUUAUCGCGAUGAUUUCCAUUAAUAAGUUAAACAUAUGUUUUUACCAUUAAGAUGAACAAGAAGAUGAAGAGAAAAAGACAACAAUCAAAACACUUAAACACAAAACAUUCAACACGAUACAUACUUGAAAUUAGUGAAACGACAAACUGAGGUUACAAAAAAAAAAAAAAAUAAUAAAUGAAACAGAAUCUUAAUGAAAACACUUCAAUUAUAUAGCGACUAAAAUGAACACAUUAAAUGAUAAUGUUAAGUUGAGAAACAAUGUAGCAAAUUGAGCAGUGAGCGUAAAAUUAAUUAUAAGUAAGUCGCGCAAAAGUCUACAAAAACUCCAAUUACAACAAGCAGAAGAGGAAACAUACAAAUAAGCAGCAAACGAUGCUGACGAAAGCCAUCGUAAGGCGAGAAAACAAAUGGAUGAAAAGAGACGAGAAGUUCCGCAGUGAAUAAAAUGCAUCAGAAUACAAUAGCUUACGAAACAGAGGUAAAUCGUAAGGAAAUCAAGUCAUGGAGCCCAAGUUCCAACAACGAACCUUUUGGCCGGCAAAACGAUGUGGAAAUGGAACACGAUUAGGAUUACAAACAGCACAAAGUAGCAAUCCGCUACGUCAAGAUCGAACAUCAGACCAUCCGAGGGCGAAAACACAGAAGCUGCAUCCCAAAAUUGAGCAGAACAAACACACAAAACUAAAAUAAGGUAUUGGUGGUUACAAAAAAAAACGUAUAUAAAGCGAUAUAUUAUGUACUCAUUCGACGAAUUGGCAUAUAGGGAAGUAAAUGAAAUGGUUUAGUGAAGUAUAAUCAAAAGGCUUGAAGACUGGCAAUGACCUAACACAAUUGCCAUGCUUCACAGAUCGGUCGAAUGUCAUUGGAUGUGAAACAAUCAGUGUGGCCAGACCUCACUUGCAUGCUUCAUAUCCUUCAGGUGUCUACGUCUGCUUGGAAGUAAAAAUCAAAGCAUGAAGUUCAAGUUGAAUAAAUAAAUAAAUAUAUAUAAAUAUAUGUAUAGUCUUGUACGCAAGAGCAGUUCAGUUUUGUGCCCCAAGCUCAGUUCAGACUGAUGACUUUUAGCCAGUUUCACUUAGGUUCCAUGCGGAAUUGUACAUGCGUUCAAGAGAGCACUAAGCACGCUGAGUAGCCGAGCAUGGAGUCUCGGUAAAAUGGGUGUGAGGGUGUCGCCAAAAUUGAACAAGUGUCGCCGACCAGUUAAGGAUAAGUUCUUGAGAAGUUUCCUUCGAUUAGAUAACAUACGAUUUUCCAACAGUUUCGACUGGGCAUGGGGCACCGAAAAAGCUCGUUCGAAAGGUGUUCUCGCACUUUGACAGUAUUUAAUCGAAAAUCGUUAAAUAAUCGCAUUAGAAUUAGGCAGAAAAAUGCAAGCCAUAGAAAAAUUAAUGUUGAGGGUCAUUUGUGAAAGGAUAGACGGAAUGAUGGAAAUGUUAAGCAGAGGAUAAAUUUAAUCAUUUUCCAGCAAGUUUAGGCAUUAUCAUAUGCAAUUAUAUAAAUGUUAAAAUAAAAUUAACUAUUGAAAUCUAAAUAUAUAAAUAUAUAUGCAAGAGAAAUAUUACACCAACAGUUAUUGCAAGUUAAAUGAAUCGACGCGAACUCAAUUACUGAAUCUAGCAGAUAAGUGAAGGCAGUUGACAAUUGCACAGGGGCAGGAGUACAGUAUGUGCCAAAAGCUGCGAUUACCGCGUGCUGCCUUGAGCAGAGCACUAGCGAUGUCAGGCCAAAGUCGAACUAGGUAAAUACAAAGAAGACGAUUGUCUAGGCGCUAAGUUGACGUUACAGUUCAUUGAAAGUGUUUAAAUUAUAUAUGGACAAACAAGUAUAUUAUCGAUUAAAGAUUAACUCAAUAUUUACGAUACGCCUUAUGGCAAAUAUUACUAUGUGUAUUUAUUAAAUGUGUGUACUAUUUACCAGUAAAAAAAAAUAUUGUUACAAUUUAGGGUAUUAAGUGACGUUAUUACUAAGAUAUAUGGACAUAUAGAUUACGAUUCUAAAACUUAUAUGAUAUGAUUGAUUCUUAAACUUGUCGAAUUGCGAACUCAGACAAACAAAAUCACGGUGCCGAAUUACAACCAAGGCGAAACCAGAAACCAAAGCAAACCAAACAAAACAAUUAUAAUUUAGAAAA